AUGGGGAUCUCGGAGCAUGUGACCAGCCACUUUUCGGCUCAUGUGCCCUAUCCCACGACCUUUGCACUCGCCGCCAUUCUCCUUGUCGGAUAUGUCAUCUACUUCGCUGUCACCUAUGAUUCACGUCUCAAACAUCUGCCGCCUGGACCCCGAGGCUAUCCUAUCAUUGGGAGUCUCCCAUCGCUUGUCGACGCUAGCAAAGUCCCUGAGAUCUCGCGAGGUUGGGCGCGUAAGUAUGGAGAGCUGGUGUACACGAAGAUUGGUGGGACGCACUUCAUCUGGCUCAAUAGCCCUCGAGUCGUCAAGGAUUUGAUGGACAAGCGUGGGAACAAGUAUUCGGGUCGACCUUAUGCUCCCAUGGUUGACAAUGUGAGCGGCAAAGCUCGAACGUUCUUCAUGAACUACGCGAGCAACUCGUAUCGGCCAGUGCAAGAUUUUGAGUCUAAGCAAGUUCUAUACGAUUAUCUACACAACACGGAUCCACAAAAGUUUUACGACGACAACCGCCGCUAUGCCGCCAGUCUGAUCAUGACCAUCACAUAUGGUCAGCGGGUGGCUUCAUGGGAUGAUCCUCACAUCGAGAAGAUCUUCACGGUCCUCAAACACUUCGUGGCUAUGGCGAGCCCUGGGGCCUGGCUGGUAGAUGCCUUCCCUUCGCUAACUUGCCUACCGUCAUGGAUGGUGCAAAACUGGUACAAUAUUGGACGGGAGUGGUUCAAAUAUGACAGCAAAGUCUACCUGGACCUAUACCGCAACUUGGUCAAACAGGUCGACGAGGGCACCGCCCCCGACUGUUUUGUCAAGGAUUUCUAUCUUGGAAAUCCAGCCAAGAAUGGCAUUGACGAGCUAACAGCGGCAUAUGCUGCGGGCUCCCUAGUCGAGGCGGGCAGCGAGUCGACUUCAUCGGUCAUCAACGCCUGGCUCCGAGCAUGUAUCAUGUAUCCUGAGACGGUCAAGGCUGCCCAAGAAGAGGUGGAUCGUGUGGUUGGACCUGACCGCCUUCCCACAUUUGAAGAUGAGCCAAACUUGCCAUAUGUCCGCGCCAUGGCCAAGGAAAUCCUGAGAUUCGUGCCCAUCACCAAGUUUGGCACGCCCCAUGCAACCACGGAAGACGACUGGUACGACGGCUACUUCAUCCCCAAGGGCUCGGUGAUCAUGCUGAACUGGUGGGCCAUUCAUUUCGACCCCAAGUUGCGUGAAAACCCCUUCACAUAUGAUCCCACACGCUUUCUCAACGAUCCCUACACCACCGCCGAAGCCGUGAAUGCCGCCAACCCGAACGACCGAGACCAUUACUCUUAUGGGGCCGGACGGCGGAUAUGUACUGGACUACACGUGGCCCAGAACUCUCUCUUCAUCAACAUGGCGCGGACAGUGUGGGCGUACAACCUGCACAAAUACAAGAACCCUGCUACUGGAGUCGUGGAGGAGCCGGACAUGACGGCUGAAGACGGGUUCUUGUGCAUACCGAGACCGUUCAAGAUGGUGUUUGAGCCUCGAAGUCCCGAAAAGGCGAAAAUCAUCGAAAACGCGUGGAAGUCGGCAGAAAGUCACGGCAUUGAAUGGACGCGGAAGCAGGCAAGGCUGUGA